AUGACCGAGAGAACCAUCAUCAUCGACCACGGGUCCGGCUUCCUGAAGUCUGGCUUCUCCGGCUGGAACGAGCCCCAGCUGAUCGUCCCGAACAUCGUGAACUACAGACCCUGCAGGGAGAACCCUGGCCCCAGCUCCGCCCGGCGGCGCCUGGGCCUCGGCAUUGACAUUUUCCACCCCGACACCUUUAGCUACCCCAUCCAGCGGGGCCGUGUCCUCAACUGGGAGGGCGUGGAGCACAUCUGGUCCUUUGUCCUGCAGAAGCACAGACAAGAUCAUGAGGACUUCCCUGUAUUGGUCACAGAGACCCCCCUGAGGGAGCCUGCGGACCGAAAGAAGACCCUGGAGAUUAUGUUUGAGGCCCUGGAUGUCCCGUCGCUGCUUCUGGCUGACCAGCUGGAGAUGUCCCUGUACGCCUCUGGCUUACUGACGGGCGUGGUGGUCGAUUCUGGCUACGGCCUGACCCGAGUGCAGCCUUUCCACCUGGGCCGCCGGCUGUGGCCCAGCGGCAAGACGCUGGAGUUCGCGGGCCAGGAUCUCUACGCCUAUAUCUUCAAGAGCCUCUUUAAGGAGGGUGGCGGGCCACACAAGCUGUUCCAGCUGGACACGGUUGACGCCAUUCAGAUGAGAAAGUGCUACGUGCCGCAGAAUCUGGCGGAGGCGCUGGACUUCCUUCAGAGCCUGCCCAGCGGCUCCGAUGAGAACAACACCUACCAGCUCCCCGACGGCACCUCGGUGGAGCUCACCCCCAUGCAGCGGCUGGCCCCCGAGAUGUUCUUCAGCCCCCAGGUGUUCGACCAGCCGGGGCCCAGCAUCUCCCAGGCCGUCCUGGAUUCCAUCAACGCCUGCGAAGCGUCCCUGCAGCCGCAGCUCAUCCCGUACGUGAUUGCCUGUGGGGGGAACACCCUCUACCCCGGCUUCAUCAAGCGCCUGCACCGGGAGUUGGUCACAGAUGAUUCCUCCUUCCCCAAGGCCAGCGUGUGGUCGGGUGGCAGAAGAAAUGUUAGCGUCUGGCUGGGAGCGUCUAUUGUGGCUCAUCUGUCUACUUACAAGUCUGAGUGGAUGACCAAGGAGGAAUAUGACGAGAGAUAG